AUGUCUGCUGGUGCAGCAAACGGCUCCUUAGCUGUAAUUCAGUGCAGCUGGCUGACCCCCAGGAGAUGGCUGAACCUGCAGGAGUACCAGAGCAAGAAGCUGAUGCAGGACAGCGGCGUGGCGGUCCAGCGCUUCUACGUUGCCGACACAGCGUCGGAGGCGCAGGAGGCGGCAAAAAGACUCAAUGCCAAGGAAAUCGUCCUGAAAGCUCAGAUUCUAGCCGGUGGGAGAGGCAAGGGUGUGUUCGACAGCGGCCUUAAAGGUGGAGUGCACUUAACUAAGGACCCCGCAGUUGUUGGCGAGCUGGCUAAAAAGAUGCUCGGCUUCAACCUGAUUACCAAGCAGACGCCCAAAGACGGAGUGAAAGUGAAAACGGUGAUGGUCGCCGAGGCUCUGGACAUAAGCAGAGAGACGUAUUUUGCCAUCCUAAUGGACCGGGCCUGUAAUGGUCCAGUAAUGGUGGGAAGCCCCCAGGGAGGGAUGGACAUCGAGGAGGUGGCCGCCACCACCCCAGAGCUCAUCUUUAAGGAAGUCAUAGAUAUAUAUAAAGGCGUGCAAGACGACCAGGCGCUUCGCAUGGCAGCUAAUUUGGGUUUCAAAGGACCUCUGCAAAGACAGGCAGCGGAUCAGAUUAAGAGGCUCUAUGAUCUGUUCCUGAAAGUCGACGCCACUCAAGUUGAAGUCAAUCCGCUCGGAGAGACUCCCGAAGGACAAGUGGUCUGCUUUGAUGCCAAGAUCAACUUUGACGACAACGCCGAGUUCCGUCAGAAAGAUGUGUUCGCCAUGGAUGAUAUGACGGAGAGCGACGCCACGGAGAUGGAGGCAGCCAAGUGGGAUCUUAAAUACAUCGGAAUGGAUGGAAACAUCGCCUGCUUUGUGAACGGAGCCGGUCUGGCCAUGGCAACAUGUGACAUCAUUGACCUCCAUGGGGGAAAGCCGGCUAAUUUCCUGGACCUCGGGGGCGGUGUCAAAGAGAGGCAGGUGUACGAGGCUUUUAAGCUGCUGACUGCUGACCCAAAGGUCGAAGCCAUCUUGGUCAACAUCUUUGGAGGGAUUGUCAACUGUGCCAUCAUUGCCAACGGCAUCACCAAAGCCUGUCGAGAGCUGGAGCUCAAGGUCCCGCUGGUGGUCAGGCUCGAAGGCACCAACGUUCACGAAGCUAAGAGGAUCCUGACCGAGAGCGGCCUGCCCAUCACAGCAGCCGACAACCUGGAUGACGCCGCCAAGAAAGCGGUGGCCGCCAUCAGGAAAUGAGAGCUUCUGGCGACAUCUCCACACUUUUGCUCCUGCGUGGCUUCCAUCAUCACCAGCAGCCUUUUCUAUCCACAAACCUCCAGUUUCUCUCAUCAUCGUCGCUUUUUCUUUUCUUUUUUUCUUUUUUAAAGAGUUCUCAUUUCCAUAUUUGUAUACGUUUCAAAAGCAUUUUACUGUCAUGCUGUAUUUUUUGUUUCUGAAUGUAACAAAUUGGCUGCUUUUAAUUACUUUAACCAUCAUUUCAUGUUGAUUGGAGAAAAUUCCCACCCCUUUUAUUUUUUUGGGGACAUCUUAGGAGUUUCCAGAACCUUCGACUGAAAGUGGAUUGAAGUUUUUCACUUUCAUUCCUUUGCAUUCCAUUUUCCAGUGAAAAGAGACGUGUCUCUCUGGAUAUUAUGGUGUUUAUGUUCACUUUUGUAGGGAAAGGAAGACAUUUUUGUACUUCUUAAGCAUAAAAAAACAACCUGUGAACUCUUCCAAUGUAACGUAAGCUAAAGGCGGCAAGACGCUUGGUGCAAACUGUUCACUUCAAGGCUCAGGUUAGCCACAGCGCCUUACCUGUGUCUCAGUUGAGUUCCUGCAUCAUGUCUUACAUUUAAGUGCUAAGUCCAUAUAUUUGUGCCUGAGGUUUGACAGUUGAAAGGUUUGGCUGCUGCCAUUACAGCUCAAUCAUCUCUAAUCUUUUUUUUUUUUUUUCUAAUCUUUUUUUUUUUUUUUUGUGAAAGGUUGAAACUAGAAUGGGGGAAAAUAUAUCAUUUUGUAAAAUCAUGAAUGUAUAUUAACAACUAAAACGAAGCCUGAAAGUUGUACAUAAUCUAAGAGAUUAAAAACGGAUAUUUCAAAUCAGUGACGUGUGUCUUUGGAGGAUGACCCCUCUGUGUAAAACAGCCAGCAGACAGAAACGUUGGGAAGGAAACAUUAUUACUGCUGACUAUUUCUUUCUUUUUGUUUUUUUGCCUAUUUAUUAAAAACAAAAAAAAACAUGUUUGCAGAAUCUGGUGGAAGUGUCUGUUUGAGAAAAGAGCUCCAGCAUUUUGUUCAGUUUUGUCCUUGAGUUCAGACUCUGUUGACUUCAGGAAAGACGGAGCAUCCUUCAUCAUUUGUCUGUGGAGCUUUAAGGUACAGGAUGUUUAUUUUUAUUUUUAAAAAAUGUGCAAAAAAAACCCUUAACAAAUACAUUUUGUUAAGGUUCAACAUCAGUUUAUACACACUGAUUCCAUGGGAAAGAAAAAAAAUUAAUAACUCAGAAGUUGCAACCUGAGUGCAACACAAUAAGCUGCUUGUUUGGCAUUUCCACUUUAUCGCAUCAGACGAGCAGAAAGCUUUGCAGAAGAAAUAUUUAGAAAAUGACCGGAGUUCAGAAUGAAGCACGCCAAUAAAAGUACAUCUUUAAAGCUG